UAAUUGAGAGCUAGGGUCAAGUCUUUUGGUGAAAUCCACAGGCCUAACGGACGGUAGCAAUUUUCCCUCCAAAAUCUCCCUAUUUUCUCCGACCUGUUAACCCUAACCAACUCGCUCGCACGCUCUCUGUCACUGUCUGUCUGUCGGUGUUUCUGUUCCUUUCACUUCAAUUCCGAUCAAGUCUCUGUCUAAAGUUCACUAAUUUUCCAGAGUUUUAAUUGCUUGCAUUUUGACUUCAUUCUGCUGAUGAAUUUAGAUUAUGGGUUCUCUCGGAGACCAUGAUGCCCAUACUAAACCAAUGCAAGAUGACCCAAAUCCCCAUUUCUCAUAUAACGACACUCAGCCCUUUGAUUCUCAGACUUUUCCCUCUUCCUUGCCUGUAGGUGAAAAAGGCUGCAAUGCUAGCACGGUACAAUGGGUACAAAGUACUGUUCCUUUUGAUGACACUUUUCCUGUUGAAGAUGCUUGUGAGACUCAAUUAGUUGACCUUGGAGGUGAAACACAAGUACUGGAUGAUCCUCUUUGCCCGGAGUUCAUGGACACUCAAUUGGUGCAAAAUACUGUACGUUUUGAUGACACUGUUCCAAUUGAAGAUGAAUUUGAGACCCAAGUAGUUGACCUUGGAGGUGAAACACAAGUACUGGAUGAUCCUGUGUGCAUUGAACAAAUGGACACUCAAUUAGUAGAUUAUUUUAGCAGUGAUGGUGAAGGAACAGAUAAAACUGAAGUUCUGAGUGAUAGUGAUGGGUUCUCUGACGAUGAAUCUCAAAGAAGAGGCAAACGUGAAUCAUUGGAUGGGGAGAGGAGUUGGCAUACUUCUCUUGAACACAGUGAGAACAGAGUGGUGGAGCAACCCAAUGAAAACUGUAGUUCCAGACUCAAUGUUUCUCCCAAGACCCCAACUAGUCAAGUUAGCCAAGAACCAAAGCGUGGAUCUAUUGCAAGAUUUACUUCAGUUCGUGCAGCGUCUUUGCGAGUAUCUGGUCUAGCAGCUUCCAGAAUUGCUUUGAAGGGAGCCAACAGUGAGUCUUCUUCUCCCCAGGCUAAUAAUCAGACUUCAGAAGGACAUGCUAUGAAAAACAAUGGGUCAAAUACAGAAGCUUGGAAGGAAGUUGAUCAGGUGUUUGAUACAGGAAGAUACAACAAUGAAGUUAAGGGAUUGAUAAAUUUGCAUGAUAAUAAGCUUGGCCAUUCUACAGUGAGAAAACUUUUUGGUGAGGAUUACUUUGUUGAAGAUGAAGAACUUGCUUCCAGCAAUGAUAAUACUGCAGGGGGAAGAGAAAUGCAUCAGUUGCCUACUUGUGAUGAUGGUCUUGCUGGGUUGAGCUAUAUUGACUCCCAAGAACCUGGAGAAUCAUCUCAAGCCAAUGCAUUUGCCUGUGUGCAAAGGGUGAUUGAAGAGAACAAGGCCAUGUUCGAUGAAUUCAUCGUGGGAAAGAGUAGCAAGGGAAAAGCAACUUUUGUUUCAGCCACGAAAGGGCCACAAAAUUUGGCCAAGAAAACCAAUGAUAGAGGCACCAACAGGAAAGCAGGAAUUUUUGACUGGGAUGACGGACUAGAAGAUGAGGGAGGGGGAGAUAUUUUCUGUAGAAGGAAGGAAGAAUUUUUUGGUAGUCUGAAUCUUGGGCAAAGAUCUUUUAUGAAACCCCAGAAGGCCAAAGGAAAACAACUAGGUGGAUGCAGUGAAUAUAAAGGAAAAUUAGAUGUCCAGAAUGAAAUGGUCAUUCACUCGGAUUCUAAAAUAGUGCUGGAUAACACCAAACUAAAUAAGACAGAACCAGACGUUGAAAUGAAUGUUAAAAAGAAUCUAGUCAACGAGUUUGAUGAACAAUCUAAUAUAGCAACUACAGUAGGGCAAUUAGAAGCUGGCCUUGCCAGGAAUCAUAGGCCACAAGGGCUUGAUGUAGGUUUUGACACUCAAAUGGCUGCUGAAGCCAUGGAAGCCUUACUGUAUGGGGAUGGAAUUGCAAACGCUGAUGCUAACAAUGUGCCAGGAAAUUCAUACUCCCAAAAAGGAUCUCCAGGAAGAAAAGUUAAGAGGAGUAAGCAAUGCUCUUUUAGUAAAGACAAUGAUAAGGAGGUUGCCCCAAGACAAUCUAAGAAAAGAAAGACAAUUGGUGCUAAAUCAAACAAACGGCCUCCAAUUUCAUCACAGAAGCAUUCUGAGAUUGUUGGAAAUGAGUCUGAUAUGGGUCUAGUAAAGACAAGAAGGAAGAGGGCUAAAUCCGAUGUUCAACUCUCAAUGACCAAUAAGAUAAAAAGGGCAGACAAAAAGCCUUCUAAAAUAGCUGAAGGACAUAUCGAAAGCAGCCUACAUGAUGUGCAUGAUGGACAUCAUGAAUCUGCUUUAACUGGAAGUUGCUCAGUUAAGAAACAGAGCUCUCCAGAGGAAUUUGUUAAUUUGACACCCAUUGCUCAUCGAACUAGGUAUUCCUUGGUUGCAUCUCAAUUGAAAAGAGCUGAGAAUGUGUCUCGUGUUUGUGGAGAAGAAACAAACUGUACAAAUGAGAUUGGUGCCCACAGACGAAAUGAAGCUGGUGUUGGUAUUGAUGCUGCCAAGGUGUUGGAUGCUAAAGGGAAAUCUUCAGAAGUGGUCUCUGGACAAUCUGGAGAACAUGAAAACUUCAAAUCAAAAUUGACAGCUACGAAUAAUGGCAUGAGUUUCCCAAGACGAAGAAGAUCUUGUCGACAAAAAUCAGGCCAGCUUAAUGGACUGGUUAACUUAGAUGCUAAGUCCAAGGCAUCUAAUCAGCCAGUAAUUGCUGGAAAGUCUACAAGUAUGCCCAAAAGGCCACGGAGUGAUGCUAAAACUACCAGUCUUGCUGAUUUAAACGCAAAGAGAAAAACACGAUCCUCCCUAUCUGUUGGUCCAGACUUAUCUUCCUUCCAAAAUUUUGAAGUAGAAUCAUCACUAAGAAGUGUAGAUAAAUCACAUUCAGACGAUGCUGUUCUUAGUUCUACUUUCAUUGAGAAUGAGAAGAAGAAUUCUGUUGAUCAAAUGGGAGCAAAGGAAAAAUUACCUGACAUAACGAAGAAUUCACAUUCAUCGCCAUCUACUGAACAUAAAGUAAAAGUUGGUUCAGAUAAUUUACCAAAGGGGGCAACUGAUUUAUCUAAUUCAAUGUGUACUUCCCCGGCUAACUGUACAACACCUGUGAAUGCUGCAUCACCUGUCUGUAUUGGUAAUGAAUAUUUUAAGCAAUCACGCAAGAAGAGGCUCUCAAGAUCAUGUCUCAUGAGAGAAUUUAGUAGCUUAUGUGCCAAGGAACUAGGACCUAUUUCUGCACAAAAAGAUUCACGGAAGAGAAGAGAUUUGGCUAAUGUUAGAGUCUUGUUAAGCCACCACUUGGAUGAGGAUAUAAUUAAGCAGCAGAGGAAGAUUGUGGACCGGCUUAAAGUUUCCAUAGCAUCCUCUAUUACAGAUGCAACACACUUUAUUACUGAUAAGUUUGUGCGUACAAGGAAUAUGUUGGAAGCCAUUGCUUCUGGCAAACCGGUGGUGACACAUUUAUGGCUUGAGAAUGUGGGACGGGCUAAUUAUUAUAUUGACGAGCAAAAAUACAUACUCAGGGACGUGAAGAAGGAAAAAGAAUUUGGUUUUGAUAUGCCAGUUUCAUUGGCACAUGCACGUCAGCAUCCACUUCUGCAGGGUCGAAGAGUUUUGAUCACUCCCAGCAUAAAGCCUAGUAAAGAAAUCAUUUCAGGCUUGGUUAAAGCAGUUUGUGGUCAGGCGAUGGAGAGAGUUGGCAGAUCUACUCUCAAGGAUGAUAUGGUCCUAGAGGAUCUGUUGGUUUUAUCUUGUGAAGAGGAUUAUGAAGUUUGUGUACCUUUCCUUGAAAGAGGGGCGGCUAUUUACAGUUCAGAGCUACUACUAAAUGGGAUAGUUACUCAAAAGCUGGAAUAUGAAAGGCAUCAGCUCUUUGCAGAUCAUGUGAAGAGAACUCGUUCUACAAUAUGGAUGAAAAAGGAUGGUGAUGGUUUCGUUCCUGUUCCUAAGCAUAAAUAACUUGAAGGGAUCUCGUAUCAAUCCAGAAGGUUUGGAAUAUUCAAAUCUUGUGAUUGAUUCAUAGAUUUGGAAUAUCACACAAUAAUCACCCAAAGAAAGCCGAAUAUCACUAAAAGAGAGUUACAACAACCAAUCCUUUUCGUUGGUGGGAGUGGGGUGUUUUCUUUGUACAUAUCCAGAUUGAUUUAUUGGAUAUUUAAUUUGUAUAUACGACGCUUGUAAUGUAGAGUUACGUUUCCUUUCUUACC